AUGGCACAAGCUCUUCUGCAAUCGCUGCGCUCCCUCCGUAGCACGGAGGUGGUGAAAAACCUCUCGGAGUGGCAUCACAACCUUAUGGGCUACAGGAAGAUGGGCCUGCGGUACGACGACCUGAUUCCUGAGGAGAACGACCUUGUGCAAACCGCCCUCAGCCGUCUUCCGCCCAAGGAGCACUACGACCGUAUUUUCCGUCACAGGAGGGCAAUCAACCUCAGUGCUCAGCACGCGCAGUUGGAGGCGAACGAGUGGACAACGGCUGCUCAGGACGUUCCAUACUUGACGCCCUUGAUCAAGCAAGUCGAGAACGAGAUUGCCACUAAGGAAUACUUUGACACCCUUACCACCAUCCCCGCCGCCCUAAAGAAGCGUAACCACAGCACUGCAUAA